CAUUCCGAGUUAAACGUCUAUUCUCAGAUUUCUCUCCCUCCUUUUAUGGAAGUUGAGGUGCACGUGAGAUCGAGUCCGGCACGUGCUCACUGAGGACCCAGGGUUGGUCAGGAGUGGGGGUGGUCUUUGCUAAAUAGUAGAAGUGGAGCCGAUGACGUAGCAGCCGAGUGUCGACAUCUAACGAAGAGUUUUGGGAAGUUUCGGUUGAAAGAUAAGACGUUCCAAGAUGUCCGACGACGAAAGAGAAUACAGCGGAUCCGAGGAAGAGCAGGAGCAAGUAGUCCAGAAAAAGGAAGCGGAACAACCGAAAAUAUCCGAAGCCGAAAUGGCCAUGGAAGAGAAAUUAAAGAAGAAGAAGGAAGAAGAGGAACAGAUGUGGCAAGAGUACUUGGAACAACGAAAAAAACAACGACAAAAAGAAGAAGAAGAUUUGAGAAAAUUAAAAGAGAGACAAGUAAAUUUUAAUUAAGAAUUAUUAAAUUACUGAUUUAUUGAUA